AUGGAUUCUGUUCGAGCAAGUGUACACGACAGCGCUCAUACGAGAUCAUUCACAGGAUGCAGCACAUGUCGAAGUCGGCAUGUCAAGUGCGACGAAAGACGCCCAACAUGCUCAAUGUGUGAACAUUUUGGCAUCGCCUGUGAGGGAUACAAGAAAGACAUUUUCUUCGACUUUGAGAGCUCAUCAGGCAAUAAUGGGGCGCGCUUUCGCCGACCGUUGCUCUCGCUUGAGGACCGCGAGCGGAUGAGCGAAUGGCUUACUUCGAGUGCUCCUCCCAAGCAAACCCUGAAGAUAUUGUCUCAUAUCGAUGAAACAUGCGAGAAAGCGCCAUUAAAAGAUGAUGUUGACAUCCAUCGAGGCCCGUUUGGCGCAUUUAGAAUCACACAAGGAAGAGGUACUGCGUCUUUGCCUGUGCCCUGCGAGCCAGUCGUGAACGUGAACAACUCAGAAGACACGAAUUCUAGUUCUCCACAAGAGAUCAGCACUGUGAAUAAUAACUAUGAACUAUCAACACCCCCACCCCUUUCUCCGUGGUCCCAAGGCCUGAUGCACCUCAUUUUUGACCAACCAGGAAACGUUCUCAGCCCACCUUCUCCAGGAUUCUUGGAGGCCAUGUUGGAUUCACAAUUGGAGAGAAACACAGAACCCCACGAAUACAUGCCCCUAGACUUGAUGCCUGAUCCUCAUUACAAUAACGCAACAUCACCAACCUCCUUGUCUUCCGCGAGCACCACUAUAUCCGUGCCCCAUGACGCUGUCUUCCUUCUCAAGCAUUACGCCUCAGCGGUAAUAAGCUUGAUGACUCCACUUAGGCACUCAAAAACACCAUGGCAUGUUCUUUUCAUCCCUCAUGCCAAGAACUGUCUUGCAGCACUGGCAUUGAAUGAUGAAAUGAGUCAUGCCUGUCUAUGUGCUUUCUAUGGAACAUUGUCCAUCAGUGCAUUUAGUCUGGGAGGGGUCUCCCGGUCUCAGACGUGGCUUGAGAAAGCCAUGAUGUAUAAACAAGAAGCUCGAAAGCAUGCGCGGAUGAUGUUAACGACUGCCUAUGAUGUUCCUAAGGUGGCAAAAUACAAGUCCAUUUUGAUGGCCUUACUUACUAUGGUGCAAGUCUCUAUUUUCUCAGGAAAUAGAAGCGAGACUGAGUGCUAUUUUCUGGAAGCGGAAAAGUUCAUUCGGUUAAGAGGACUCAAGCGCAAGAAAUCUCGCAAAGUCCGUUUACUUCAUCACUGCUAUGCGUUUGAGCGCAUUAUACAUGAGAGUAUCUUCAUCUGUGGUGCAAAUUCAACCCAGCGACAUCAUAUUCGCACAGCGAUUGAAUCCAGUGGGCUGGGGAUGUAUAGUCUUGACAGUCUGUCUUUCCGGCUCACUGGCUGGAAGAACCUCAACCAGGAGAUGAUGAGAGUACGCGGACAAGAGGAGGGCGAGAACGAUUUACAUCUUGAACGCCCGGGCUUUUGGUCUUCUACGCUAUAUCCCGAGAUAUUCGGUAUUCCAGAACAGUGGAUAUUCCUUUUAUCGCAGGUGAUUCGACUUGGAAAAGAGAAAGACACAGCCGAGGGAGAUGGCACGAGAAAAUGUCUUAGUUUAAAAGAAUUCAUCGGCCGAGCAAAGACGCUGGAAGAUUCGAUCAACAAUCUCCAUCUACCCAGUCGCAAUACGUCUGCACUUGAGAAUAACAACAACUCCCAGCUCGACCAAGAUAUAAUCGAUAAUAUGCUGGAAGCAAUGCAGAACGCUUUGGCAAUAUACUUCUACCGCCGAGUGCACGAUGUGGACGCGUCGAUCCUACAGACAAAAGUCGUGGGUGUUUUGGAUAGAUUACUACGCUGCCAACAGGCAGAUUCUACAGUGGUACAUGGCUCAGCGGGGUUCAUCUGGCCUGCCUUCAUUGCAGCCUGUGAAGCCGAGGAUUCAUCUGUCCAAGUGUCAUUUUCGAAUUGGUUUGAGAACUCGGCAUGUCGGAGUGGUCUUUCUUGUUUUACAGAUACGUUGGACAAUAUCCAGAGGAUAUGGCAGGAAAAGUCGUGUGCCAAUGGGAAGAGUGUUACUUGGUUGGAUCUGAUGAAGAAUACUGUGCCUUUACAGUCACACUUAUGA